AUGGAUUUGAAAGAACCUCAUGUUCCAUUUGUAAAUCAAUCAGGUAUAUUUGAUUGGGAACAUGAUCGUCUAGAAAAUGAAUAUCGUCUUCAUCUAUUUCCACCAUCAAUUUUAUCAUUACAAGGAUCACUGUUAUAUGAUUCUUCAUAUAUGACAAAUGAUAUAUUAAAUUGUCCACCGUUGAUUUGCCGACCAGAUCUUCAUCAAGAUCAUGUGGCUACAACUUAUACUCUUUAUCGGCCAAUGCCUUCAUCUUAUAAUUGUCUUUUAGAUCCAACACGAAGACUUCAUGAAAAACCUCAUUUAGAUGAAUUAGGUGAUAACGUCACAGUAAGCAUACCUGGUCUUACUCGUUUUGAUCGUGAUCCACCUUUAUCAUUUGAUUUACCAAAAUUGAAUAGUUCUUUAAAUAAAGAACAACUUGAAUACACUUGGUAUCAUAAUAAUGAAACUGAAAUAGGAAAAAUUUUUCCUGAAAAUUAUUGGAAUCGACAUAAACUUGCUGGAACAUCUCCAUCUGCUUAUCUUGUACCUACUGUACUUUAA